AUGGAGGCAAAUUUGCCCACCGGCCCGCCCGGAUCCUCGUGCCACGAGGUGUGCUUCCUCGGGCGCGGCGCGAGGGCGCCGGGGUUCUCCCGCGCCGCGCCGCGCGGAGCGCGACGGAGCCGGUCCUACAAGGACGUGCCCAUGCAGCUGGCGGACGGCCAGGGCAGGCUCACCAUGGACCUCCAGACCACGGCGAGCUACCUGAUCCUGCACGUGCACUCCGCCGGCUCGCCGCCGCAGGAGGACUCGCGCACGGACGCCCAGAGGGCGGCCCUGGGGGGCAUCGCCAGGCACGCCAGCGCCACGUGCACGCCCCGGGGCCUGGUCAACAAGGUGUCCCAGGGCAGCGCAGGCGAGAGCAGCUCGCAGCUCGACUACGCGGUGUUCGUGUGGCAUGGCAUGGGCGUGGAUCCGCUGAUCAAG